AAAGCCUCGUGCGGUUGCUAAGGGCGCCUAACAACAGACAGUGUUUGUGUCAACAGUUGGAGCAAACCGACAGAGAAAUAAUAUAUAUCUAUAUCUAUAUAUGAGAUAAAAAAAAGCAGAGGAAACAUCUCUCACUUUGAAUUAUCGUGUCGUUACUUUGCAGAGACUUCGUCAAAAUGUCGAGCGUCCUGAACACAGUUUUAUCUGAGAUGGGCUGGGACGAGCGCUUUGCUAUCCCUGAAGCUAACGCUGAAAACAAGGCUUUGAUAGAAGAGAUUCGUAAAAAAGAGACAGAGUUGGCGCAACUGGAAAACAAACUUGAGAGAAACACGGAUCAAAAGCGGUUAACCACUGAAUUCCUCAAAAAUGUUAAACAAGAGCUGGAGAAUACUGAGGCUCUGUGCAAGGCAAAGGAAAGAGAAGAAGAGUUGGAGAAACAUCUCACAGCCCUCGCUGAAAGGGAGACAGGUCGCCUGGCGCAGGAGGUUGUUAGGAUGGAGAACGAGCAUCGGUCUUUAGCAGAGAGGGCGAACAUGCUAGAGAACCACAUCUUCAAAGCCAAACAGAAGCUAGAGGAGUUUAUGAACCAGAUGAACUGGGACCAGCAGACCAUGGACGCCUUUUUAGAGGAGUCAGACCUUAAAAAAGAGGAAACCAUGGCCAUCAUCAAGUACGCCCAGCAAGAUGAGCAGAGGAUCAAGUCACUCACUCUGGCUAUAGAGAAGAAAACGCUGGAGGCCAAUGAAAAGCACAAAGCACUCGACAAAGAACUGACCGAAACUUUAUCUGCGCAGAUUGCUUUGGAUAAAACUACAGAAAAUUUGCAGCAGGCCCACGUGGAGACGCAGCAGCUCAUCCAUCAAUGGGAAAACACGAUCAAGCAGAUGAAGCACAGAGACGCUGAGAUGCAGCAGUGUGCGCUGAAACUCGUCCAAGCCAACCAGAACAUCAGAGAAAGAAACGCCACCAUCGCGGAGAGGAAGCACUUGCUGGAAACGCAGAGGAACAACAACAAGGAAACUGAGAGGAAGAUAGGCAUAGCCAACCGACAGGCCGUAAGGCUGCGGCAGGAUUUGAAGGAGCAGGAGAAUAACUGCAGCAGGCUGCAGGAUGAGCUGGAUACCUGCAAAGGUUCACGAGACAAAGCAACCUCUGACGUGGAGUCUAUGACGUCCCAGAUAUCCAGAAUGAAGAAAGACAUCCAGGAAAACGACAACAAACUGAAGGAGGCCCGGGCCUACAAUGUUGCACUGGAAGAGAAGCUGAAGGUUGUGACUCAGACCGCCCUCAGUGAGGAGGAGAAAGCUGCACAGAUGGACCAGUUCCUUAAGGAUGAAGAGCUGGCAAUCAAAGAAUUGGAUGUCCAGCUGCGUGACUGCAGGAACGAGCUUUUAUGUCGUAAAGAGCAUUUGCAGGCCCUCAAGACAAAAGAGAAGGAUUCAAACGCCCAGGUUUCAAAGAGUAAAUCUGCCAUCACCAACAUGAAAAGCCAGCUCAGAAAACUGGAGCAGGAAUUAGUAAGACAGCAGAGGACCAUGUCUGAACAGGACUCCCAGAUCAUGAAUCUUGACACGAAACUGGCACAGAUGAAAGGUAAUAUUCAGUCGGAUGAAAACAAUAUGCUAGAAAUGAUCAUCUCUGAGCUGGCCGAAGCCUUGGAGCAGAAGAAGAAGACAGCCACUAUGCUUACCAACACGCUUAAGGAGUGUGAGGAUGAUAUUCGCUUUUUAAGGAAAGAGAUGGAGAUGUCAGGAGCUCAAAAGAGAGAUCUGACCACCAAGGUAGAGGAGCUCCAGCUGCUCCAGAACUCCAAUGAGAAGGAGCUGAAGAGACUGAGGCUCAGGAAACAGGACAACCUGGUGGAGCACAACAUCAUGAAGACAGAGGUGAAGCGUAUGAGGGAUCUGCUGUACAACAAGGCGUACAGCAUGCUGUCGUUGGAAAAGAGGAAGCUAGAGAUGCAGAAUGCCAUGAAGGAGAGAGAGGACGAGAUCAGGGUCUGCAGAGAAAUGCUGAACCAGCAGCUGAAGAUCAGCGAGCAGGAGAGACAGAGACUGAGUGUUGAACUGAACGGGAAACUGUCAAAGAUCGACACGAUGAAGAAACGCUUUGAAGUCGUGAUGCUUUCAAUGGCAGCUCCUGAGGGGGAAGAGGAGAAAUCACAGGCUUACUACAUCACAAGGGCUGCACAAGAGAAGGAGGAGCUUAAGCGGAAGGGAGAUGCUCUAGACGCUAAAAUCCGCAAGAUGGAGCUGGAAAACCGAGCUCUGGAGAACACCAUUCAGUUGUUCAAUAACAGUAACUCAGCAUUUCGCAAAUCCCUCAACAAAGCAAAUGAAUCAAGUCCAGAGUACCAGGAAAAACUGAAGCUUGAAGAGCAGCUGAAGGCAGCUGAAGAGAUGCUAACAUUUAAGAAAAGACAGGUCCAAGAGCUUCAACAGGACUUAAAGGACAUGAACAAUACGUUGGAGAGUCUGCUGCAAGAAGAGCAGGUGGAGAAAGAUAAGAUCGAGCACAAACAGUCUCUCAUCAGCAAACUGCACAAAGAAAUCUCUUCACAGGAAGAGAAGAUUAACAGAGCCACAAAGCAGUGCUCUAAGUUGACCAAAGAGAUCCGCUCAGCAAAUAACACCAAGACUGAGACUUUUGAGGAGAAGGACAUCAAACUAAAGGAGUUGAAAGAAUUCAACAAGAACAUCAACAAGAUGCUGAAUGAGGCCAUGGAGGACAAACCUGACCUCAGAUCAGUGUUGGAGAAAUACUUUCUGCAGGCCAAUCUGUCUCUUCCAGCUCCAUCUUCAACUCCAUCCAGCAGUCGAAGCUCUGCCCACAGCCUCGUCUCUGUCAGGUCUCCCGCGUCCUCAGCCAGCAGCAGCCCCAGGGCCUCUGCCCUUCACUCCCCCGUAAUGAGGACUGUCGAACUGGGCUUGGAUCUGACUGUGACCUCUCCUCCUCUCACCACCUCCAGACGGUCCAGCUCUGGCAGCAGCAGCAGCAGCAGCAGCAGAAAGUUAAAGAACCCGUAGUGUGCUGCUCCUCUGUCUGAUGGCUGAUUCAUCGUCAUUCUGUAUUCAGUGAUGUGGACAGUUAAACAUAUGUCUGUCAACAAAAGACAGAGAGUUACAGUGAUUUGUAGUUAGUUACAGUUGCACAGAAUGAAAGUUUCAGGUUCAGGAUAGUUUGUGUGUGGUGUCAUUCUGUAUUUUGUUGCAUUCAAAAGUCUGUUAUUGUUAUUUGUAAGACUUUAUUUCAUGAUAAACAUGA